AUGCUCAGGCCACAUAAAGAUAUGGAUGUCAAUAAGAACAAAGUGUCCUGAGAGGGAAGGAAGACACACAGGAGAGGAAUGAAACACUCUGAGCACUUGAGUCAACAGUCUAAAUAACUUUUGCAGUAACACUUUGUGGAGCAAUUUUCCCCAAACAUGGCAGUUAAAUGGCGAUUUGCACUUUUUCUCUGUAUGCUGCUGAUGGUGUCCAGAUGUCCGAGCCUGGCCAAUGAUGACACAGGACACAACACUGAGACAGGAACUUCAGAUACAGGACACAACACAGGCACUUCAGACACAGGACACGACACAGGACACAACACGGGACAUGACACGGGACACGACACAGGACACGACACAGGACACGACACAGGCAGCGAUCAUGGGAACAGCUCGAGCACUGGACACGGGACAGACUCAGGCCAUGACUCCGGACAUGGAGACGGUCACGGAGGAGGACCCAUCACCACUCUGCCCAUUGUGAGCUGGAAGUGGCACCACGUCUCCACUCCGUACUUGGUGGCCCUGUGGAUCCUGGUCAGCUGGCUCUGCAAAAUCAUCAUCGAGGCCAACCACCAUGUGACCAGCGUGAUCCCAGAGAGCGCCCUGCUCAUCUGUUUCGGCUUCAUCCUGGGCGGGAUUAUUUGGGGUGCAGACAAGGUGCAGACCUUCACGCUGACUCCAACAGUGUUCUUCUUCUACCUGCUGCCUCAAAUCAUCCUGGACGCAGGCUACUCCAUGCCAAACAAGCUCUUCUUCAGCAACAUGGGGGCCAUCCUGGUCUACGCCGUCAUCGGGACCUGCUGGAACGCCGCGAGCCUGGGUCUGUCGCUGUGGGGGUGUCACAUGGGAGGAGCCAUGGGUGACCUGGACAUCGGUCUGCUGCAGUAUCUUCUGUUUGGCAGUCUGAUUGCUGCUGUCGACCCUGUAGCUGUCAUCGCCGUGUUUGAGCAAGUCCACGUCAACGAGGUCCUCUUCAUCAUGGUGUUUGGAGAGUCGCUGCUCAACGAUGGUGUGACGGUGGUGCUCUUUAAUGUAUUUGAUGCGUUUGUGUCACUCGGAGGAGCCAAAAUUAAUGCUGUGGAGAUCAUUAAAGGAAUAAUUUCCUUCUUUGUGGUGGCGUUUGGCGGUUCCCUCGUGGGCUUUGUGUUCGGCCUGCUAAUCUCUCUUCUGACCAGAUGCACGAAAAACAUCCAGAUCAUUGAGCCAGGCUUCGUCUUCGUCUUGGGUUACCUCUCCUACCUGACUGCUGAGAUGCUCUCCUUGUCUGCCAUCCUUUCGAUCGUCUUCUGCGGUAUGUGCUGCCAGAAGUACAUCAAUUCAAACAUGGACGAGAGGUCGGUCACCACAGUCAGAUAUGUCAUGAAGGUUUUAGCCAACGGAUCAGAAACCAUCAUCUUCGUGUUCCUCGGCAUCUCGGCCAUCGAUAAGACGAUCUGGGUGUGGAACACGGGCUUCAUCCUCCUCACACUCCUCUUCAUCUUUGUCUACAGAUUCAUCGGUGUGUUUUUCCUCACCUGGAUCCUGAACAAGUUCAGGCUGGUCCCCAUUGAGUUAAUAGACCAGGUGAUUAUGAGCUACGGUGGCCUGCGAGGGGCUGUUGCAUACGGCCUGGCUACGAUGCUGGAUGGGAACAAGAUAAAGGAGAAGAACCUGAUGGUCUGCACGACUCUUAUCGUGGUGUACUUCACUGUCAUUCUCCAGGGAAUAACGAUGAAACCUCUGGUUACCUGGCUAAAAGUGAAGAGAGCUGCCGUGUCGGACCUCACACUCAUAGAAAAAGUGCAGAACAAGGUGUUUGAUCACAUGCUUGUUGCCAUAGAAGACAUAUCUGGACAAAUAGGGCACAACUACAUGAGGGACAAGUGGAAUCACUUUGAGGAGAACUGGAUGUCGAGAGUUUUGAUGAAGCCGUCAGCGAGGAAGAACCGUGACUACGUCUUCAAUGUCUUCCAUCAGCUGAACCUCAAGGAUGCUAUGAGCUACGUGGCUGAGGGCGAACGUAGAGGCUCACUGGAGUUUGUCCGCAAUGAAACUGCAUACAUCGACUUCAAGAAGAAGUUUGGUGACGAAUUCUCAGAGGUCAUGCCCGACAUCAUGGCUGACACGUCAGAUGAUCACGGUGCAGUGACCUCUGUGAGAAGAGACCCUGUGCCAUCAGUGAGCCUGGAGAUGCACGAGCAGACCAUGAACGGUAUGAGGGAAACAGAGGACAUCAACACUCACCACCUGCUGCAGCAGCAUCUGUACAAGGGCAGGAAACAGCACCGGCACAGAUACAGCCGGAGCCAUUUCGAUGUCAACAAGGAUGAAAAUGAAGUGCAGGAGAUCUUCCAGAGGACCAUGAGGAGUCGUUUGGAGUCCUUUAAGUCUGGAAAGAUGGGCGUUGCUCCACCAAAGACAAUAAGCAAGCACACGAAGAAAGAGCAACAGCAAAAGAUGCCAAAUGGAAAAUCAACAGACAAAAGUAAAAGCUACUAUUCUGGUGAUGAAGAUUUUGAGUUCUCAGAGGGAGACAGCGCCUCUGGCUAUGAGGCAUCAGGCAAUUCAUACCCCAUGAGAGUCACCUACAGAGCAGGAGCUGGAAUAGAGAAUCCAGCCUUCAUGCCGGAGCUGGACCCCGUGGCGCCGCUGCAGAUCCCUCCGUGGCUGGCCGAGGCCGAGCUCGACAGCAGCACGGUGGCUCCUUCGCAGCGGGCCCAGCUGAGGCUGCCGUGGACCCCCAGCAACCUGCGCCGCCUGGCUCCUCUCCGCAUCAGCGCUCGCUCCACCGACUCCUUCGCGCAGGCCGACGCUCCAUCCCCGCAGCAGAGGGACAACGAGCAGCCUCCUCCUCCUCCUCCACCAAACCGGGACGGUAGCCACAUGUAGCAUCACCCCUCCUUCACCUCACCUCAAUCUCCUUAACACACAGACUCUGACCUCAGACUUUGCACCGUCAACUCUCAAAAUAUUGACCAGGGAAUGUUUUCUUUUCCAUCGCUUAAUCUCACUCCUGAGACAAAACAUUCACAGUCCCACAACCUUUGUGCUCUUCUCUGCAGCUUCUCUUGUUGCUCCAACGUCACUCUUCAGUGAGCAAAGAGAAGCUGCACGUGAAGUGAGCGAGUCUGUGUGCACAGAGGCUGUUAUUAACCAGCACACGUUGAAUAUUUCCUCCUCUGGUUCAUAGUAAACCGAAUGCAAAUCAGUCUCAUACCUCAAUGUGAUGCAAGAACCUUUUUAAGAUUGUAGAUAUUUAUUUAAUUUGAAUUGUUUAUAAAGAUAAUACAGUUAAUGAGAAUGAUAUAAUAUUGAUUCCAGCUCUAUGAUCUGAAUAUUCAUUAAUAACAUUUUCUGUGUGUUUUCUCAUUUGUCUGAGGAGAGUAUUUGAGGUUGAAUAUCAAACUUGAAGAAUGAGAUCAUUGUAAAAGCAUCACAUGUACGAUAAAGACAUAAUAUAUUUAUUAACAAAUUAAGUUUGUGUGGAUGUUUCCACCUCUCUAAUCCAUGCACGAACAGUUAAAUAUAUUUUAUGUUCCUCCAACAAAGAACACUGACAGACUGGUUUUGAAACUGUAU